AGCAUAUCGAUGAUGGUCUGGAUAAUAAUCCAAACCUGCCAUGGGAAUUCACCGAUUUGAACAAGGAAAAGGCUAAGGAGAUAUUAUCACACUAUCCAUCCAACUAUAAACAAUCUGCUGUCAUUCCUUUGCUCGAUCUUGCACAACAGCGGAAUGGAGGCUGGCUUCCCGUUUCAGCAAUGAAUCAUGUUGCUAAAGUCAUUGAAGUUGCUCCGAUUCGUGUAUAUGAGGUGGCAACCUUUUAUUCGAUGUUCAACCGAACAAAGGUUGAAAAAUACCAUCUUUUGGUAUGCGGUACAACUCCUUGCAUGAUACGUGGUUCAAGAGAAAUUGAAGAAGCAUUGCUGAACCACUUGGGAGUAAUGCGCAAUGAAGUUACUAAGGAUGGCUUGUUUUCUGUUGGAGAAAUGGAGUGUAUGGGAUGUUGCGUAAAUUCUCCAAUGAUCACAGUUGAUGACUACUCGAAUGGAUCCGAGGGUUACACCUAUAUUUAUUACGAAGAUGUCACUCCAAAACGAGUUGUUGAGAUUGUCGAGGCUUUGAGGAGAGGGGAAAAGCCACCGCGUGACAUCAAUUCUGGGCGAGAAGGUGGGAACACUACAUUGUUGGGUGAGCCCAAGGCUCCUCCAUGUCGAGAUCUUGAUGCCUACUGAACACCGUAAUUCCCUUACAAUCUAUAGUUGUCCCUAAUAAUGGUGAAAAAACUUGUUUGUAAACCAUGGAUAACUCGAACAAUUUUCAUUUUUUUUUUUUUUUCGUUUUAUGUUCUUUGGCUCUAACAUGAAUGAUAUUGUUGAACUUUGAGCUGAGUUGGUUGAUUUUGCAUCUGGACAUUAAUCUUGUGUCCAUCACAUUAAAGUCUUGAAUGCAUUGUAAUUUGCAAAUUCUAGCUUGUGUAAUUGGUACAAUUUCGUAUUGGUUUGAAUCCACGAUUACAUUCGCCAAUAAGGUACUUUUGAAUGUAAAUUGCUAUGAGAGUGAGUAAGAAACAGCGCAAAAGCGGGUUAAACCCUUUUGUCUUUCAAAAAUGGUCCGAUGUAGAAAAUGAGUCUGUUGUUAAUCCAAAC